AUGGCUACCAGCAAUACUAUGAACUUUGGUCCCGAAUGGAUGAGACGCUUCCCAAAAAGCCCAACAAGCGAAACAACUCGUUCUACCUCACCAACACAAGGUCCAUCCUCUGUUGGUAACAAUAUGCAACCCGCGUCUUCCUCAGGUACAAUCAACUCCAACCACAUUGUCGUCAAUAACGGCAAUGGGGCAACUGCAAACACGUUUUCUUGGUCUUCGGUGGCUGCUGCUAAUAACAGCACAGUCUCCAAUCGUUCUCCUAACGAUACCUAUGAGAAGUCUGACACACCAGGCGGAAGCGAGUCGGCUCUCAAUCCAUUUAAAUAUUCCAAGGAUUUCAUGCUUAAACUGUACAAACCUGUUGGAUUACCACUGGAAUUUGAAAGGCAUGACUAUGUUACAAACGAAGAACCAUUACCGCCUAUGGCUUUAUUGACACCAACAGAGCAGGAACAAAAGGUACAUCUAAAUAGCACGAUAUCCGAGCGAGAUUGGUUUUCUGAAUUGCAGAUUGUCUGGCAUAGUAUGUGCAGACUGAAAUCUAUCGAAAUGCUCGUCUGUCAUGUAAUCUUGCUUGGCUCAUUCAUACAAAGCACAGCCUCUAUUCCUCCAGUUACAGAAAAGUAUAUAGAUGCUAUGAAACGACUAUUAUCUGGUACUUCAGUUAACAGUGAGGUUGUCCGUCGUAUCGUUUCUAAUGCGUCAGGGAAUGUGACAACCGGGGGAGAACGUGCUGAGCGAGGGCCUUUCUCUCAAAAGGACAGAAUUAGUGGCUUAACAUCCCCAAGAAGUGAACGAUUUGGUGGCAUAAUUGGGGGUGUAUUAAGCAAUCGACCAAGAAGUGGGCGAGAAGGAAGUUUUUCGUCACCAAACAUACGCCGAGAUAGUGAAAAAGAUGAUGAAAGAGACAUUCGCGGUGGCCGUACACUAAGACUGGGCAGUACUUCUGCCAGUACAACACAAUCCGGGGAAGACCCAAUUUGGCAUGGUGUAAGUCGUAGUGCAGUUGGCACUUUUGAUAGCAACGGAGUAUUUCGAAUCCCCAGCAGCGGUGGAGAAAUUGAAAUUUCAGAAAAAGACGGGAGAGAGAACGAACUAUUGGAGAGGAGCAACGGCGGGGGGCACACAGAUACCGAUAAGAUAGCGGAUUCGACGUCUGGUACCAGCAAUAAGAUAUUAAGAGAAAGAAGCAUGAGCACAUCUCUAGAAGAGAUACAUAAUGGAUCAAAAGUAUAUGGUAUAGGUAAAUCUAUCGUUGAGGAAGAAUCGCAGACAUCGACAAUACCAACCAUAACAGGAAAGAGUAAUGAACAACGACAGGAAGUUCCUCAACAAGAACCCCCAAUAGAACAUUCGCUUGAAAGUAUCGCCCAGAAGUCAAUUGAAUCUUCGGUGCGAUAUUUAGACUCACAAGAAAAUCAAUCUAAAACACAGACUCAGAAUAAGAUAAAAUUACAGCCGCCUGAUUCCAAUCAGUUGCAACAACAGCAACAACAACAGCAACAACAACAACAACAGCAACAGCAACUACAGCAACAGCAACAACAGCAACAACAACAACAACAACAACAACAGCAACAACAGCAACAACAACAACAACAACAACAACAACAACAACAACAACAGCUGCAACAAUCACAGCAGCUGCUGCAACAACAGCAACUGCAACAACAACAGCAACAACAGCUGCAACAAUCACAGCAGCUGCAGCAACAGCAGCCAUUGCAGCAGAAAAUACCGCAGCAAGGACAGCUUCCAUCUCCAAAUCAGAUACGUUCACCCCCGUUUCAGGUUCAACAACAACCGCCGAACGUGAUACUUCAACAGCAGCACCAACAGAUGUUUUUACAGGAGCAGUUUCGGCAUCAUCAACAUCAACAGCAGCAAUUACUGAUGCCCUCACAUUCUUUGGCAACCACUGGUUUUGAGCCUGAUCAGGACGAUGAAGUUCUGAAAGAAGUAUUUUACCCCGCGAUGUCUACAGCAUCACCACCCUUGUCUCCAGGAGUGGCUAAAAAAUAUUCUGCUACUCAACCUCUGAUUGCUGCGAGUUCUGCCUUCGCCGAGGAAACUUCUUCGUCAAGUUUGUUUCUGAAUGAUCGCAAGUCGAUAUCUGACCAACAACGAUGGUUGUAUCGUGAUCCUAGCAAUAAAAUUCAAGGCCCAUUUACGAGUCAGGACAUGAACGAGUGGUAUAAGCAAGGAUUUUUUACGCCAGGCUUAUUAGUAAAGAGGGUAGAAGAUCCGUCGUUCGAACCGUUAGGCGUAUUAAUACGUAGAACGGGAAAUGAGGAUAAACCUUUUUCAGCAAGUGCACGUCCUCCUUUGACUAUAAAUAUGCCUAACAAUGCGGGAAGAAUGUUGACUGGACCUUUCCCAAGAAAUUGGGGAAACGUUCCAAGUUCACCUGGCACUGCCCACGUCUUUGUGGACCACCAACAGAGAUUUAAUCCCUUUGGCGGAACCGCUUCAGUCCCAAAUACACCUUUUGAUAGGUAUCAGUUUGGUGGCGUAUUUGGGAGUGGAAUAACAGAAGUUUCUAGUGGGUGGGGAGAUUUGAAUACGACGAACGCUGGCUGGGUUCCAGAGGUGUUUAACAGUAGCGCGGGGAACUUGUCUCCGAGAUUACAUUCAAACAAUUCUGCUCUCUUCAGCAACACAAACAGUUUUGGUGUAUCGCCGACACAUAACUUUCUUGAUCAGCGUACUUUUAAUUCUCAACUGGAUCGACAACAACAAUUGCAACAGCAGCCGACACAGCAACAAUCGCAGCCACCAUUACAACCACCGCAGCCAACUCCACAAGUUGUGCAACAGUCUCAAACUCAACAAUCACACCAGACCCCACUACAUAAUCCACCUUUGUAUGCUGAUAAUUUCUUCCGCCAUCAGGGUUUUGUAUCAGGGACGGUGACAUCUCCGGUAACCGGACCCAGUUCGCAUUUUGCAGAGACAAUCCCCAGAACCACAGGAUGGCAACCGGCGAACGAGCAGCCAGCCCCUUCGUCAUGGGGACCGUUAAGCGCGGGUUUGUCACUUACGCUUACCAAUAAACCACCAAGUGAAGAUGCAGAAUAUUUUAACACCAACAAAGGAACACAGCAAUUAUCACAGUCUCCUCCGACUUUAAUAGAUCAACAGAACACUAUUGACAACGAAUUGCAGGCAGCCAAUACUUCUAUAAAGAAUGCAGAUGUUUCUGUAGUCGAUGAAGCAGUUGAAGCAGUUUCAAAAAUUAAUCUGGAUAAUGACGUUGAAGUAGGAUCGACGUUAGAAUAUGCUAAAACGUCCGACGAGAUAACUGCCAAACCUUACAACAAGGAAGGGACUUCAACGCAUCCUACUCAGAAAGACGAUGCGAACAGAUCGAAACCUUCUUUACGGGAGAUUCAGGCGGAGGAAGAACGGAAGAAGCAGCAGGAAGAAAAGGAUCGAGCCAGUGCUCAACAUUCGAUUCUUUCCAAUCCACCUGGCAAACCGAUGAGUCCGCAAAAAUCCACAAAUAUUAAGACACCCUCACUUCGUGAAAUUCAAGAAGCAGAGGCGCGUAAGGCAGCUGAACGCAAAGCAGCUGAGCGACAAACAGUCAAUGCAGUCAACGCAGCAGCUUCUAGUCGAGAGAACGCGACGCUGUCAUCAACAUCAUGGGGAUUGAUUAUGUCAAAUACGGCAAUGGCAACCAACUCUGUUUCAUCAUCAUCCAAUUCACCUAUUGUUUCGACACAAGCGUGGCAGAGUGCAGCUGCACCCAAGAAAACGUUACGUGAAAUUCAAAAAGAAGAAGAAGAGGCCGUUAAGAGGAGGAAUAAAAUGCGUGAAAUACAGCAACAAGCUAUGCUUAACGUAGCAGCAAGUUCACCUACUUCAAGUGGUGUUGGAAAACGCUAUGCUGAUACUUUGGUUACUGGACCUAACGCUGUGAAUGCAAAAGCUAAAACGACAACCAUCCCUACUGGGACGGCCUGGACGACAGUCGCUGGUAAGCCAGCAACACGUAUGGUUAUGUCUUCUGCGACUUCAGCUGGUGGGAAUGGGGGUGGUACUGUCAUGAAGCCCGCUGCUUCUAAAGAUUUGCCUCUUGCGUGGGAUGAAGGCCAGAAAGGAUCUAACGGUCUUCAGAACGCGUACAGACAACUUCCAACAAAGUCCACUGACCAAACGAAAGGCAUUACUAGAUCUAUGUCGUUGAACGCCACCACUUCCGGAUCUAAGCAAACAAAUAACUCGAGCUUGACAAAUUCAGACCAAUCAUCCCCUCGUCCGCCCUCUGAAGACUUUAUGAAAUGGUGUCGGCAAGCUUUACGCGGACUAACGAAUAUAAAUAGUGACGAGUUUAUUCAAAUGCUUCUCACUUUCCCUCUUGACCCUCCUCCGCCAACAAUAGAAAUUAUUCAGGAUUCUAUUUAUACAUAUUCCCCAACAUUGGAUGGUCGUCGCUUUGCCGAUGAGUUUGUAAAGAGACGGAAGGCAGAUGCAAGCGGAAUACCCAUGAGUAGCUUUUCUAUACACCAUGCGGACGGUAAAACUGGCAAGGAUGUAGGAACUGGUAUUACGGGUACAAAAGAUGAUAAUUCUGGCACAGGCGCUGGCGCAUUUAAAGUCGUAACGACUAAAAAGAACAAGAAGAGGCAUUGA